AUGCCACAAUUCCAGAAAAAUUCAGUUCGCAUCAAGAAUCCUACAAGAGUAGAAGAAAUUAUCUGUGGUCUUAUCAAAGGAGGAGCUGCCAAACUUCAGUAGUUCAGGACUUUCCUGGUGGCACCGUGGUUAAGAAUCUGCCUGCCAAUGCAGGGGACACAGGUUUGAGCUCUGGUCCGGGAAGAUCCCACAUGCUGCAGAGCAGCUAAGCCCGUGCGCCACAACUACUGAGCCCGCACACCGCAACUACUCAAGUCUGCACGCCCUAGAACCCAUGCUACACAACAAGAGAAGUCACCGCAAUGAGGAGGCCGCGCACCGCAAUGAAGAGUAGCCCGUGUGCCGCAACUAGAGAAAGGCUGCGUGCAGCAACGAAGACCCACUGCAGCCAAAAAAUUUUUUUAAAUAAAAUAAAUCAUAGUAGUUCAAAGUAAAAUGUAACUUUAUUAGGAGAUAGAUAACUUUUUUUUUAAUUCUUUCCUUUUUUUUUAAAGGAAUGUUUUAUGUGUAAAUUAAAUCAACAGUCUGGAUAUUCAGUAAAAACUUACUCUUUUUUUUAAACAUUUCUGAAAAAAUAUUUAGCCCAGUCUCCUAAGUUUCAAGAGUUGGUAAACUGUUGCUACGUAUCAUUCAUUCAUUGGUAGAGUUUACCUAAAUAGACAAGUUAACUCAAGAAUGUAACAGUUUCAAUAAUGAAAAGCUUCAUAUAGUUUGCUUCCACUGCAUUUUUGUACAUUGACCAAGUAGGUUGAAAUUGUGCAAUGUUUUAUUGCUGUCAGGAAUAGUAACCAUAUUACCUGUGAGUGCAAAUUCCUAUACCGAUUAGUCAGAUUUUAUUUGGCGACAGUGCUGGGGCACUUAAGGUUCACCUUGUAGUUAUGGAAAUUCUCAGGACUUGAUAUAUGAACUGCAUUAGAAAUCUCAGUGUAGACCGAAUAACCUACAGUGGAGGGCAGGGAUGGAACACAGUCUUAUGCCUCUAGGAAAUGUGCAUUAAGUGUCUGGCCUUGGUGGCUGUAAUUUCAUAAUGCCUUUUUCCCUUUUCUUACAGAUAAUAACAGACUUUGAUAUGACACUGAGUCGAUUUUCCUACAGAGGGAAAAGAUGCCCAUCAUGUCAUAAUGUCAUUGACAACUGUAAGCUAAUUACAGAUGAAUGUCGAGAAAAGUUACUGCAACUAAAGGAAAAGUAUUAUGCUAUUGAAAUUGAUCCUGUUCUUACUGUAGAAGAGAAGUACCCUUAUAUAGUAGAGUGGUAUACUAAAUCACAUGGUUUGCUUGUUGAACAGGCUUUACCAAAAGCCAAACUUAAAGAAAUUGUGGAAGAAUCUGACAUUAUGCUCAAGGAAGGAUAUGAGAAUUUCUUUGAUAAGCUGCAACAGUACAGUAUUCCUGUGUUCAUAUUCUCAGCUGGUAUCGGUGAUGUACUAGAGGAGGUUAUCCGUCAAGCUGGUGUUUAUUAUCCAAAUGUCAAAGUAGUGUCCAACUUCAUGGAUUUUGAUGACAGUGGGCUGCUCAGAGGAUUUAAAGGAGAACUAAUUCAUGUGUUUAACAAACAUGAUGGAUCCUUGAAGAAUACGGAAUAUUUCAGUCAACUAAAAAACAAUAGCAACAUAAUUCUGCUGGGAGACUCCCAAGGGGACUUAAAAAUGGCAGAUGGAGUAGCCAAUGUUGAACACAUUCUGAAAAUUGGAUAUCUAAAUGAUAGAGUGGAUGAGCUUUUAGAAAAGUACAUGGACUCUUACGAUAUUGUUCUAGUAAAAGAUGAAUCAUUGGAUGUAGCCAACUCUAUCUUACAGAAGAUUCUAUAAACAAGCAUUCUUCAAGAAGACCUCUCACCUGUGGGUACAAUUGAUGCAAGAGCUGCUCAUCUGUUCAUCUUGUUAAAAGAUUUUAUUUAUAAUAUAUUCUUGAUCUUGAAGUUUUUCCUCUAUAUUACUGAAGUAUUUUCAGAUUUAUCGAAUCCAUCAACUGGAAGCUCCUUUUUCUCCAUCUCUCUCAACACACUCCUCACUAUAUUUUUUAACAGAUUAAAAAAAAACUUAGAGCAAAAAUUUGAAGAAUAACUCCCUACAUUUCCAUAGUGAAUUUUGUAGCUGAAUGUUAUUAUGACAUUUUUGAGAAGUCUUUUUACAUUGGGAAAGUUUGUAGACGUUUAAAAAGUUUUAUGAAAUGGUGAAAUAACAUGCAUGAUUUUAAGUGUUGUCAUUUUUAUAAUUUGGGUGAAUUAUGCUGAUGGUAUUAACCAUCUCCUAAAAUUGUGUUACGUUUGGUUAUUUUGUUCGGUGAAAAUCGAUACUUACCAAAAAAUAUUGGCAUUUGAUGUUUGAAAAAAAAUCUAUUGGUAUCUACAUGCCACUAAUCAUUACAAAAUGUUCUAUAUUGAAGCACUGAUGAUAAAAAUGAAAUGAAAAGCC